AUGAGGCCAAACAGGUCUCCAGAGGAGAGCACUGAGGGAGAUGCCAAGAGAACAGAGUGGAAGCCCAUGGUGAGAGAUGCUUUCAAAGACAUCUCCGUAUACUUCUCCAAGGAAGAAUGGGAAGAGAUGGGAGAAUGGGAAAAAAUCCGUUAUAGGAAUGUGAAAAGGAACUAUGAAGUGCUGAUUGCUAUAGGUUUCAGAGCCACUCAACCAACUUUCAUGCAUCACCGCAGGCAGGUCAUCAAACCCCAGGUAGAUGACACUGAGGAUUCUGAUGAAGAAUGGACACCAAGGCAGCAAGGUAUACCUUCUUCGAUGGCCUUCAGAGUGGAGCACAGUAAACACCAGAAGAGAAUGUCCAGGGCACCAUUAAGUAAGGAAUCUAGUUUGAAGGAAUUGCCGGGAGCAGCAAAAUUGCUGAAGACAAGUGGCUCCAAGCAGGCUCAGAAACCAGUGCCCCAUCACAGAAAAGCAAGGACCCCUGGACAGCACCCCAGACAAAACGUCGAACUCAGAAGAAAGGAGACUGGAGUGAAGAGGUACAGUCUACAAGAAAGAAAGGGCCACAUGUACCAAGAGGUCAUCGAGCCCCAGGAUGACGACUACCUCUAUUGUGAGGAGUGUCAGAACUUCUUCAUCGACAGCUGUGCUGCCCAUGGGCCCCCAACCUUUGUAAAGGACUGUGCAGUGGAAAAGGGGCAUGCCAAUCGCUCAGCCCUCACUCUGCCCCCUGGGUUAAGCAUCAGACUGUCGGGCAUCCCUGACGCUGGGCUUGGAGUCUGGAACGGGGCAUCCGAUCUGCCGCUGGGCCUGCAUUUUGGCCCCUAUGAGGGCCAGAUCACUGACGAUGAAGAGGCCGCCAACAGUGGAUACGCCUGGCUGAUCACCAAACGGAGAAACUGCUACAAGUAUGUGGAUGGAAAGGACAUGUCUUGGGCCAACUGGAUGAGGUAUGUGAACUGUGCCCGGGACAACGAGGAGCAGAACCUGGUGGCCUUCCAGUAUCACGGGCAGAUCUUCUACCGAACCUGCCAGGUGAUCAGACCGGGCUGUGAGCUGCUGGUCUGGUACAGGGACGAGUAUGGCCAGGACCUUGGCAUCAAGUGGAACAGCAGGGGGAAGAGUGAGCUUGCAACUGGGAGAGAACCAAAGCCCAAGAGCCACCCAUGUGCCUCCUGCUCUCUGGCCUUCUCCAGUCAGAAAUUCCUCAGCCCACACUUCCAACGCAGUCACCCCUCUCAGACCCUCCUGAGACCAUCUGAAAGAGACCUCCUCCAACCAGAGGAUCCCUGCCCAGGCAAUCAAAAUCAGCGAUAUUCCAAUCCACACAGCCCGAGUGACAAACCUGAGGGUCAGGAGGCCAAGGACAGGCCCCAACAAUUGCUGAAAAGCAUAAGGCUGAAGAGGAUUUCAAGGGCCUCUUCCUACUCACCCAGAGGACAAAUGGGGGGUUCUGGGGUGCAUGAGAGAAUGAAAGACGAGCCCAGCACAAGCCAGAAACUGAAUCCAGAGGACACAGGCACAUUGCUCACAGGGGCAGGGGUCUCAGGGAUUAUAAGAGUCACGUACAAAGAGUGUGGGCAAGGCUCUAAGGACAGGCCAAGUCUCACCACACACGAGAGGACACACACAGGGGAGAAGCCCUAUGUUUGUGGGGAGUGUGGGCGAAGCUUCCAUCAUGGGUCAGUCCUCAUCAGACACCAGAGGACACACACAGGGGAGAAGCCCUAUGUUUGCGGGGAGUGUGGGCAAAGCUUCCAUCAUGGGUCAAAUUUCAUCACACACCAGAGGACACACACAGGGGAGAAGCCUUAUGUUUGUGGGGAGUGUGGGCGAAGCUUCAGUAAGAACUUCAACCUCAUCACACACCAGAGGACACACACAGGGGAGAAGCCUUAUGUUUGUGGGGAGUGUGGGCGAAGUUUCAGUCAGAAGUCAGAUUUCAUCACACACCAGAGGACACACACAGGGGAGAAGCCGUAUGUUUGUGGGGGAUGUGGGCAAAGCUUCAGUCAGAAGUCAGAUUUCAUCAGACACCAGAGGACACACACAGGGGAGAAGCCCUAUGUUUGUGGGGAGGGUGGGCAAAGCUUCAGUCAGAAGUCAGCCUUCAUCAUACACCAGAGGACACACACAGGGGAGAAGCCCUAUGUUUGUGGGGAGUGUGGGCGAAGCUUCCGUCAGAAGUCAGCCCUCAUCAUACACCAGAGGACACACACAGGGGAGAAGCCCUAUGUUUGUGGGGAGUGUGGGCGAAGCUUCAGUGAUAAGUCAAAUCUCAUCUCACACCAGAGGACACACACAGGGGAGAAGCCCUACGUUUGCACGGAGUGUGGGCGAAGCUUCAUUCAGAAAUCCGUCCUCAUAAGACACCAGAGGACACACACAGGGGAGAAGCCCUAUGUUUGCAGGGAGUGUGGGCGAAGCUUCAGUCGGAAAUCCAUCCUCAUCAGACACCAGAGGACGCACACAGGGGAGAAGACCUACGUUUGCAGGGAGUGUGGGCAAAGCUUCAGUCAGAAGUCCCUCCUCAUCACACACCAGAGGACACACACAGGGGAGAAGCCCUAUGGUCAUCACAGCAUCUGGACUCCAGAUUCGACCACAGAGGUCCAGUUCUCAGCCCUGCCCUCAGCAGCUGCCGGUCAGGCCCCACCUGACACUGGGACUGCCCUGCACGGGCACACAAGACACCAGCAGUCAUGGGAUGGACAGCCAGUUGCCUCUGCUGCAUGCUCCACCCUGACCACAGCGGCCCCACGGCUGUACCAGCCCCGCCUGUGCGCAGCUCUGCUUGACUGCCAGGGCUUGGGGACCCUGGCUUUCAGCCUCUACCGCGCUCCCCACCAGCCUCUGCUCUGCUCACCAAGAAGACUGUGCUUUGGCCUCAUGACCAAAUUUCUGUUUGAACUCAGGGAGGAGGAGGAGCAGGGCUGUGUGGCUGGGGGCAUCUUCUGGCCCUCAGUGGAGGUGCUGCUGCCCCCAGUGCCCACCUGGGUCUCAGGAGGUGGAAGAGAGACCGGGUUGUCCUUCCCAUCUCCUGCCCAGAGAAUGACAAAGGCCCGUUCCCAAAAGUGGGAGCAGGGUGGGCAGAGUGAGUCUUGGGUCUCACAGGGUCCCUGUGAAGAAGGGUUUACUGCUGCCUGGAUCCCUCUUGGCUGGUUCUCUUUCUGUGUUGUCUUCACAUCAAAUCACAAGGACGAGGCAGUCCAGGUGCCCACAGCAUCACUCGUCCAGGUGCUGACAACCCUCCUUAUUUAUUAUGGACAGGGAGACAGGGUGGCUGGUGUGACGCUCCCCUGGACCAGAGAAGAGACCCCCUAG